AUGUCCGCCGAAGCCUCUACCACCCCCGCUCCCGCCGAAAACACCGCCAACGGCACUCCCGACAACGCCGCUGCCGCCGAUGUUACCGCUGUCGAGGCCCCUGCUACCACCUCUCAGCCUCACUCGGCUUCCCUCUAUGUCGGUGAGCUCGACCCCUCCGUGACGGAGGCUAUGCUCUACGAGCUCUUCUCCUCCAUCGGCCAGGUCGCCUCCAUCCGUGUCUGCCGUGACGCCGUCACCAGACGCUCGCUCGGAUACGCCUACGUCAACUACAAUGAUACCUCUCACGGUGAGCGUGCUCUUGAUGAGCUGAACUACACCCUGAUCAAGGGCAAGCCCUGCCGUAUCAUGUGGUCCCAGCGUGACCCCGCUCUGCGCAAGACUGGCCAGGGCAACGUGUUCAUUAAGAACCUGGACAACGCCAUUGACAACAAGGCUCUGCACGACACCUUUGCUGCCUUCGGCAACAUUCUCAGCUGCAAGGUCGCUCAGGAUGAGUUCGGUGUCUCCAAGGGUUACGGUUUCGUCCACUACGAGACUGCCGAGGCUGCCAACAACGCCAUCAAGCACGUUAACGGCAUGCUUCUGAACGACAAGAAGGUCUUCGUCGGCCACCACAUCUCCAAGAAGGACCGCCAGAGCAAGUUCGAGGAGAUGAAGGCCAACUUCACCAACAUCUACAUCAAGAACAUCGACCCCGAUGUUGAGGACGACGAGUUCCGCAAGAUCUUCGAGCAGUACGGUGAGAUCACUUCCGCCACUCUGAGCCGUGAUUCCGAGGGCAAGAGCCGUGGCUUCGGCUUUGUCAACUACUCCACCCACGAGAGCGCGCAGGCCGCCGUUGAGGAGAUGAACGACAAAGAGGUCCGUAGCCAGAAGCUCUACGUCGGUCGUGCCCAGAAGAAGCACGAGCGCGAGGAAGAGCUCCGCAAGCAGUACGAGGCUGCCCGUAUGGAGAAGGCCUCCAAGUACCAGGGUGUCAACCUCUACGUCAAGAACCUCACUGACGAUGUCGAUGACGAGAAGCUGCGCGAGCUGUUCGGUCCUUACGGCACCAUCACCUCCGCCAAGGUGAUGCGCGACACCAACCCUGCUGAGCCUGCUACUCCCCCGGAGUCCGAGACCCCAGAAGCCAACAAGGAGAACGAGAAGGCUCCCGAGCCUGAGAAGGAGGAAUCCUCUGAGGAGAAGGAGGGUGAGCAGAAGGAGGGUGAGCAGAAGGGCGAGAAGAAGCUUCUCGGAAAGAGCAAGGGCUUCGGUUUCGUUUGCUUCAGCUCCCCCGAUGAGGCCUCCAAGGCUGUUACUGAGAUGAACCAGCGAAUGGUUAACGGCAAGCCUCUCUACGUUGCCCUUGCCCAGCGCAAGGAUGUCCGCCGCAGCCAGCUCGAGGCCAGCAUCCAGGCUCGCAACAACAUCCGCCAGCAACAGGCCGCUGCCGCUGCCGGUAUGCCCCAGAGCUACAUGCAGCCUGCCGUUUUCUACGGUCCUGGCCAGCAGGGCUUCAUCCCCGGCGCUCAGCGCGGCGGUAUGUUCCCUCCUCAGCCUGGUAUGAUGAUGGGUAUCCCUGGUGGACGCCCCGGUCAGUACCCUCCCUUCCCUCAACAGGGAGGACGUGGUGUUGGCCCCAACCAGCAGAUUCCCCCCAACUUCCAAGGCCUCCCAAUGGGUGCCAUGCAGGGCCCUGGUGCCAUUCCUAACGGCAUGGGCUACCCUCAAAUGGGCCAGGUCCAAUUCGGCGGUGGCCGUGGCCGUGGCGGUGUCCCCGGAAUGGGUGGCCCCAUGCGCGGUGGCUUCGGUGGUGGCCGUGGUGGUGUUCCUCUUGGUGGUCAGAUGCGCCCUGGCCAGGGUGGUCGCGGACAGAACGUCGGACAGCCCGGACCUACUGAAUCCGCCGGUGGACUCUCCGCCUCCACUCUUACCGCCGCUCCUCCCCAGCAGCAGAAGCAGAUGCUUGGUGAGGCUCUUUACCCCAAGAUCCAGGCCGCUCAGCCCGAAUUGGCUGGUAAGAUUACUGGUAUGCUUCUCGAGAUGGACAACACUGAACUGCUUGGACUUCUCGAGGAUGAUGAAGCUUUGCGCGCCAAGGUUGACGAGGCCCUUAGCGUUUAUGAUGAGUACAUGAAGAACAAGACUGAUGAGCCGGCUGCUGAGAGCAAGCCCAAGGAGGCCGCCGCCGAGGAGACCCCUGCUGAGGAGAACAAGUCGUAA